UGUGUGUGUGUGUGUGAGGGAGGAUGAUGCGGUCUCACUAUCUCCGGUGAAUAAAGCGAAAACAAUGUGCGUUUAUUAGCUAACUAACAAAAGACACAUUCAAAAUGUUCAGAAACUUAAACGAUACUCCAGGACAACUGAUGUUGUUUCUCUCCACGUGUUUCAUCAACUAGCUAUCAUCGCAAAAGUUUAAAUAGUACAGACCUGCUGUGACUGUAUUAUAAAUUAGUUUUACACUGCGUUGUAGUGAACUUCUGUUGAUUAUUGUCAAUAACCUUUAAUUUAGCAUGAUCUUAUAAGGGCCUAGAGGUGUCGAAUGAUAUGUUGAAACUAUGAGCAACUUAAAUAAUUUUAACUUUUUUUUAACCGAUUGUGUUAAAUGUAGUUACAUCUCACUAACGAACUCCUUGUUGGAUUGUUUUUUGUUGCAGUGUACAAUAACGUCAGAAAGAUAUCAAAUCAGAUGCUAACUAGAUAACGCUAGAUAGGCCUAACGUUAGUUGGAAAUGAAGUUAACCAUUGGGUGGCGAGUUUUGAAUGAAAGCUAAUUUAGCUAGCUAGUCAAGAAAUGGACAAUAACAAAACUAAACGUGUUUAGCUAUGCAACUGCUCGUGCCACCUUUUAAUUAAAUUAUACGUUUAGCCCUUUUUUGUUUUCGUUAUUGACAGUUUUGAUAAGCAACUGGAUAGCGGGAUCUUUUAGCUAGCAAACAACCAACUUCAAUGUGACAAGUUAAAUAACGUGUCAUGGUUACAUUAGCUCGCUAUCAUGAAAGACUGCUAUAGCUAGUUUGCUGACAAGUUGAGUAUUGGAUGAGAGAUUCAAGUCUAUGCAGAGGGGCGAUAUCAGCAACAGCGCAUGGUCACGUGUAGCAGAAAGCCUUGCUAAUGGAGGCGAACAACUAUUUCAACUAUGGCACCCACUCCUCUGUGUCUGUUAACUCAGGACUGAAACUCUCCUCAGGGGAUUCUGUCUAUACCAAUGGGUCCUCCAUGAGUUUCCCUCAGCAGGAGAAGAAUAUGAACGGCGAAAUGAAUGUGAAUGGCAGCACUACUGUAAUUGGGUCCAGUGUGCCUGGCUCCCAACCUCCAACAGCCCCAUACCCUCAUAUGAGCAACCACCACCACCAGAGUAGCAUGGGCUACGACUACCUGUGGGGAGGACAGCCACAGUACAGCCCAGCCAUGAGCUUGUCUCCUGGGCAUGGCAUGCACCAGAAGCAGCCUCCCACUGGGGUGAUGCAGCAACAGAGCCAGCAGCAUUUCCAGGGUCACGGACAGUACCAACUGAACGGGGGCAUGCCUGGGUCCCGUCAGCCCCCCGUGGUGCCCCCCCCAAACAUGACUCUUACAGGAGGCCAGUACUGGAACAAGGUUAACCCGGGGCAACAGCAGAGCAGCGCAGCCAUGGCAAUGGGGUAUAACUCGCACAGCGUGUACGGGGCCUACCAGAGCCAGGUGCACCCUGGGAUUGCACCCUCACAGCAUCACCAGCAGCAGCCUCCACAGCCACCCUCUCAACAACAGACACAGGAGCAACCUCAGCACUACAGCAUGGUGUCCAACGGGAUUCCCUACUACCAGCACCAGCCCCAGCACCCGCCUCUUCCCGCUCCACAACCUCAGGCUCAGAUGAUGCCCCCUAUCUCCCAGAAUUUCACCCCUCCACGGGGAAGCCCCCAGCACCACCAGAUGGGCCGGGGGGGCACAGGCAGCCCCCUCCCCAUGGCGGUGUCCUCUGUCCCCAUGAUGUCACCCUUGACAAUGGCGGAUAGUGGAUCGCCCCAGAGCCAGACCAGGGAGAGGAGUCCCCAUGGUGGUUCUGUAGUGAUGCCGGCUGUCAUGCAAGGGCGGAUGAGUGAAGCGUUUAAGGAUGUGGAUAAAGGCUACAAUGGGAUGGAGAGGGCGUCUGUCGCCCAGCGGCUGCCUAAAAGCGACAGCUACCCUCCCAAGCCCCCUGGACCUCCCAUGGGGCCCACCAGUGACUACUGCCAGCGCUCCAAGCAGCCAAUGGCCCAGCACCAUGAAAUGACUACCUUAGCGAGGGAGUCUGCGCUGCCUGAGCCUCCACACUCGAUGUCGACGCCUCCCCCUGUGGUUUCCACACCUCCUUCAGCUAAGGCAGCAACCCCUCCUAGGGUCUCCGCAGCUGCACACAAGCCUAAGAUCACAAUACGCAAUGCCAAGCGUCGGCUGGAGUGGUGUAAAGCUCGCCGCCAUUGGACUCUGGAGCAGUGGAAACGUGUUCUCUGGAGUGAUGAAUCACGCUUCACCAUCUGGCAGUCCGACGGACGAAUAUGGGUUUGGCGGAUGCCAGGAGAACGCUACCUGCCUGAGUGCAUAGUGCCAACUGUAAAGUUUGGUGGAGGAGGAAUAAUGGUCUGGGGCUGUUUUUCAUGGUUCGGGCUAGGCCCCUUACUUCCAGUGAAGGGAAAUCUCAAUGAUACAGCAUACAAGGACAUUCUAGACGAUUCUGUGCUUCCGACUUUGUGGCAACAGUUUGGGGAAGGCCCUUUCCUGUUUCAGCAUGACAAUGCCCCCGUGCACAAAGUGAGGUCCAUACAGAAAUGGUUUGUCGAGCUCGGUGUAGAAGAACUUGACUGGCCUGCACAGAGCCCUGACCUCAACCCAAUCGAACACCUUUGGGAUGAAUUGGAACGCCGACUGCGAGCCAGGCCUAAUCGCCCAGCAUCAGUGCCUGACCUCACUAAUGCUCUUGUGGCUGAAUGGAAACAAGUCCCCACAGCAAUGUUCCAGCAUCUAGUAGAAAGCCUUCCCAGAAGAGUGGAGGCUGUUAUAGCUGCAAAGGGGGACCAACUCCAUAUUAAUGCCCAUGAUUUUGUAAUGAGAUGUUCGACGAGCAGGUUAUGUACGGAUCCACAGUCAGAAAUUAAACAGAGUAAUCUGCCCCCCCCCCCCCCAACCAUUUACAGUUUUUGUUUGGUUCCCUCUUGUGAGCCGCCUCCUGUGGAUAGUGAUCAGAGAAACAGUUAAUAGUUUCAGUACCUUAGCCUUUAAACUUACAUGUUUCCCCUUUCCUCCUCAUCUGUUAAAUCGCUAAAACAGUCUAUCAAUGUUCAUAAGAUUUGAAUGUUGUGAAAUUCUUUCAGGCAUCUGUCUUAUUGUUUCUCCCAAAUAUACAUUGUUUUACUAAUUCCCAUAUUGAUAUUUGUUAUCUAACAGCACAUCACAUGAAGGCAAAUUGAAAGGAGGCUUGAAGCUCGGUUUGGCAAACAUCUGGUUGUUUUUGUUUUUUACCUUCAAGAAUCUUUCCAUCUGUUUAGAGUUGUGGCAGAGUACAUUACAAUACUCCUGGGUCUUGUGUGGUGAGGGGGUUGAUGGGGGAUAUGACAUGGUAAACCUGUGUAUUGACCAAAUUAAACUUGCACUGUCAAGAAAAUAUGAGGUAAAUGUGUAGUUAUUGGUGUGUAUGUCAAACCUGUAAAGGUAUCACAGGCUUAUGCACUUCAAAUGAUGUUGAGUUACACUGGAAAAUAUAUUUUUUUGUCUCCAUUGUUCUAAGAAACUAAGACUCGUGUUUCCCAUGGUGCUUGUGUUUGAAGACGGGCUAUGCAUGUUUCAUGUCAAAUAAGUUUUGGAGAAGACACUGCUUUCAGUGUUGUGUGACUUCUCAUACAUUUCAAAUGGAAAUGGGAGGACAUGGAAACUGUACUUCAUUAAUCACUGUUUACCAAAAUAAAUUACCAAGAAUACUGCAUCAAGCGGUGUUUCUCAACCUUCAGACAUCUGAUCAGCUGCUCACUGAUGUAGGUAAAUAAAUAUCUGAGUGGCGCAGCAGUCUAAGGCACUGCGUCACUACAGACCCAGUUUCGAUCCAUCCGUGACCGGGAGACACAUGAGGCGGCGCACAAUUGGCCCAACAUUGUGUUAGGUGAGGGUUUGGUCGGCCGGAAUGUCCUUGUCCCAUCACGCUCUAGCGACUCCUUGUGAUGGGCAGGGCACCUGCAAGCUGACUUGGUUGCCAGUUUCCUCCGACAUAUUGAUGCGGCUGGCUUCCGGGCUAAGCGAGCAGUGUGUCAAGAAACUGUGCGUCUUGGCAGGGUCGUAUUUCGGAGGAUGCAUGUCUCUCGACCUUCACAUCUCCUGAGUCCAUACGGGAGUUGCAGCGAUGGGAAAAGACUGGAACUACCCAUUUAGAUAUCAUAAAAUUGGGGGUUAAAAGUACAAAAUAAUAAUUCUGCUCCAUGUUUACUUUAAUAUCACCCACCCUUCCCUAUAAAGCUAUUAGCGCUGUGUCCCAGCUCCAGAGGGAGCCAUAAAUACACUAGCGCUUGCGUGCGUGCUAGUGCCCCUUACACUUAUUUCUAGGCUACAUAACCUGGUCUAAUCAGUGUUUAUGUGGAUAUAUUGCAUUGUUGGUUAUCAAAAUAAUCUGUUAUUUCAGUAUGAAAGUUGGACAUUUUAUUUUUUAUGAAAUAAUAGAGGAGAUUGACAUCACUUCUGAGAUGCGGAUGACCACUUGCUACAAGAGGAAAGGCUGAAAGAUGGCCACCGAGAAUUAUGUUUGUACAAAAACCAUUCAAUGUCAAUAGAGUUUGUGUACAAUCAUUAUAUGCCAAAUUGAUUACAAUAAAACGAGAACAGGUCCCCGUCACUAUAAUGUAAUAUUGUAAUUGUAGUACAUGGCACUACAUACAAUUUCAUUUGUCUGGGUAUUUUUGAUUGUUUAUUAAUUAAAUGACACCCUCUCAACUCAGCAUCACUUCCUGUAGCUGCAUUCUGACCAGACACCAAGCUGUUCAAACAUCCUGUUCUUGGGAACAAAUUAUUAUUUUUCUCUUUAGAAAGCAACACAGUGUUUUAUAUUAUUAUUAUGCUCUUCCUGAAUGUGCCCAUUUUAUCAUGAAAUGAAGCUGGCAAUCUGAAGACUACAGAAUAUGUUUAGUCUUGUGUAACUUAUUUUCUCCUAAAGGGCAGUUUUUUUGCUGCUGGAUUGGGAUAGUCCUUAUAAAAGGUCAAUGAUGUUUUGCACAAUGAUAAGGUGUGUAGAAUGCCUGUUGAGUUCAAAAGUAGACCAGCUAACAAAUAUGUUAAGUGAAAUGAAUAAAUAGAAACACCUGCAAACGGUUAUCUUCCCAUGAAUUGUAUUGCACUCAAAUUUAUAUAAUCCUCGAAGGCAAGUACAGUGGGGCAAAAAAAGUAUUUAGUCAGCCACCAAUUGUGCAAGUUCUCCCACUUAAAAAGAUGAGAGAGGCCUGUAAAUUUUCAUCAUAGGUACACUUCAACUAUGACAGUCAAAAUUAGAAAGGAUUUUUAAUGAAUUUAUUUGCAAAUUAUGGUGGGAAAUAAGUAUUUGGUCACCUACAAACAAGCAAGAUUUUUAAGUGGGAGAACUUGCACAAUUGGUGGCUGACUAAAUACUUUUUUGCCCCACUGUAGUUCUAUUCCUUUCAUUGAAUCUGUGUUUUUAAUAUGAGAAUUUGCCAAAUGUAUUGUAGGAGAGAGUAUACCACAUUAUUACAACAUCAAAACAUAAAUGUAAUUAAGUAAACAUUUUACCUUGAAACGUUAGACUUUAUAACAAUGAAACGGGGAAUGAAUAGGUUAACAUUUGUGGCGGUGUAAGAGUUUUUUCAAAGUAGCAGAGCUGCUGAAUUUGCACACCCUCAACACAAGAACCAUGUGAUGUGAGAGACCAUAUCCCUAAUGGCACAAACUAAUAUCAUGAUGUAUCUAUAAUUGAGACAUUCUUCAAGUUUACAUUUUAUUUGUCCCAAAGGGCAAUUGGUUUUGCGGCAGGCACAUGAGAUGUUAAAAAACAUAAUCUAGAUGAAGCUGAAUGAGGGUUAGUCUGAUUAAUCAGGCUGUAAUAUAAAAUUCAUUGGUAUAUAGCUUUGAAACUAAUUCCUGCAAAAUCGUGUAAAUGUUCCUUACAAGCCAGAAUGUUCAAUAAAAUUAUAUUUAAACUUA